AUGCAGUCCCCGGGCUCCUCCCUCUCCUCCGGCAGCAACCCCUUUGCCGGCCCGGACAUGGCUCUCAUCCGCGACCUCAACAUCGCCGAUCGCGUCCCGGUAACCCUCAGCCAGACCUCCGCGUCCUACUCUCCUUGGAAGCGGUACUUCUCUCUCGUUUUUCGCGAGUUCCUCCUUCACAGCCAUGUCGACGGCUCCGUGGACUCCAAGCUCAUGGUCAACGACGAGGAGUGGAUGAUCAUCGACGCCACCAUCAUUCGCUGGUUCUACCUCACCAUCUCCACCGACCUCUUCCACACGGUGGUGGCCGACGAGGACGACGCCCGCGCCGUCUGGCUCAAGCUCAACGGUCUCUUCACCGACAACAAGCUCCAGCGCAAGGUCCUCCUCCAUGGCGAGUUCUACGGGUGCCACCAGCUCGACUCCUCCAUCGACGACUACUGCAUGCGCCUCAAGAAGAUUGCGGACGAGCUUCGCGAUCUCGGCGAGCCCAUCGGCGACGAGCUCCUCAUCACCACCUUCACCGCCGGCCUGCACGAGGACUACGGCAACGCCGCCUCCAACCUCACCCUGCUCCCGGACCCCACCUUUCCCAAGGUCGUGGCGUACCUCAAGCUUGAGGAGCGUCGGCUGCGGAUGGUGCGGUCCCGUGCGACGCACACCGCCCUCGUCACCGGCACCCGCGCCGGCCCUGCGCCCCCCGCUGCUCGCCCUCCGCCGCCCGGCUUUCCUCACCCGCCGGCCUACCAGCCGGUGCCGCCUCCACCGCAGCCGGCCCCACCCGCCAACAACAACAAUCGCCGCCGUGGGGGUCGUCGCGGCGGCCGCCAGCAGCAGCAGCAGCCUCAGGCGCAGCAACCGCCCACGGGCGGCGCUGCCCGUCCGCAGCAGGUCUUCCAGCCGGCUCCUUGGUACGCCGGGCAGAACCCCUGGACCGGCGUCGUGCAUGCCUACACCAUGCCGGUCCCCCGCGCGCCUGCCCCCGGCGUCCUUGGCCCGCGGCCACCCUCCCACCAAGCCCAGGCGGGCUGCCACUGA